AUGGAAGCAGGACGAGACGGUCACGGUGCUGGGUUCGAAGAUGUCACGAACGGCGACAAUGUGUGCGACGUUCGCGAAGACGGUAACGACGACGAUAACGAUGACGACGCGUUGGACGAUCUUUUGGAGUCGUCGUUUCAGGAGCACUGUCGCGAAAAGCUAGCCGUCGCAAAUUUCAGUCCAGCCGCUGUCAGCAACCCAACCGCGUCGUGUCGCGUCGCGACCAGCUCUGCGGGGCGCGAAUUCCUCGAAUUCCGCGACUCGCAGCCGCUGCACGCAACGUACACCUCGCUUGAGCUAUCACCUCGGCGUGACGGCAGCGUGAUUGUAGCGGAGGGGGGUCGUUGCGUGCAGGACACGCCAGUAUUUACUGCGGCUGCUAAGAGUGAAACGAAGGAGAUAUUUCCCGGUUCUGGUACUGGUGGUGGUUCGACUCUCGCUGCUGCUGUUUCCGUUGCUGGCGCUAUUGCGGCUAUCGAGAAUCCCACAGCAGCGGCAGCACUAGCAAAACCUUUCCUCUCCGAUUCGUCCUUCUCCGCAUCCCGCGACGCGUCCUCCGCGAAUCUGGACCGUCCGAAGAUCUCCUUCGCGUUUCCAGGAUGGGCGGUCGAGAUCAGCCGCGCGAAGGAAUCGACGGUCGUGAUGGACAGCGCGAGCGGGGGACGGAGGGGAGAAAAGAACCGAAGGGGAGAAAAGCGAAAGAGGAGAAAUCAACCUGGUCAGGAGGGGAGAGAGGAAAAGAAUCAUCAAGAUUUGGAGGGGGAAGAGGAGAGGGAAGAGGCGGAGGAGAGGGAGGAGAGGGAGGAGAGGGAGGAGAGGGAGAGAGUGUGGAUGGGUGUAGAGCUAGGGGACAGGGUUCCAAUCCUCUCUUUGCCUCAGGAGAUUUUGACCAUGCUCUGUUCAAGGGUAUCCUGGCGAGACUUAUGCACACUUAGGGUUACAUCUAAAACCGUACGGGAUCAACUAGACAGAGAUGAAAUCUGGGCGGCAGCAGCAGCAGAGGCAAGCAGACAGGGCGACAUUAAGCUGCCCAGGGCACGCAAGACGGAGGAAGGCGGUGCAGGCAUUGCGUGGUGGCAGCAGCAUCUGUUGCUGCUGCAGCAACAACAAGCCCGCGUACCCAUGCACUAUCUCUUCAAGCCUCUCGUGCUGUCCUCGCGCAUACGAGAAAAACUACCGGUGCUGUCACCUGCUUUUGAUUUUCUGCAAUCUACCCUGGACCGAUGGUGGCAUGAUGAGAUGGAUAGGUGGUGGCGGGAGGAGAAGAAGAAGCAGCAAGCGCAGUUGGGGUUGGAGGGGAAGGAUCGUGUAGGGGAUUCUCAAGCAGUAGCAGAAGAGGCAGCACAUGAAGCAGCAGUGGCAGCAGCGUCCCUUCUGGCGGAGGCUCUGUUGGCCUACCCCCUGCUGUCGUUGCUGCCCUUUUCUCCCCUGCCUGCUGGUGGUGCGAAGGAAGUGGAGGAGGUGGAGGAGGGAGAGGAAAGGGAUGAAGAGCAACAGGAAGAAGAGGGAGAAGAGGAUGAGGAGGAAGAAGAGGAGGAGAAAGAGAAGGAAGAGGAAGAAGAGGAAGAAGAGGAAGAGAAAGCAGAGGAAGAGGAGGAAGAAGAGGAAGAAGAGGAAGAAGAGGAAGAGGACACGGAUGAGAGAGGGGAGGAUUCAGAUGCAAGAGAGGGAGAUAGAGCAGCAGCUCAAGAGGAGGAUGAAAUGGAUUUAGCCACGGUGCAGGCAUGUGAUUCGGACGCGGUAAGGCGGGCAGUGAAGAAGCUUACUAGCUUUAACUGGGCCGUGGCUUAUGAGGGGCUGUCUGUGGUGUUUGGAAACAGGGAGGGAGAUGAGUGGAGAGAAAGAGAGUGGGUAGUGAGGAGAGAGGGGAGGAGCAAGGAGGAGGAGAAGGCUGUAGAGAGGGAUGGAGAGGAGUAUGAAGGAGUUCUUGACAGAUUUGGUGGAGCAUUGGUAGGAGGAAGGGAGGGAGGAAGGGGAGGAGGAGGAGGAGGAGGAGGAGGAGGAGGAGGAGGAGGAGGAGGAGGAGGAGGAGGAGGAGGAGGAGGAGGAGGAGGAGGAGGAGGAGGAGGAGGAGGAAAGGGGGAGGAAAGAGAAAGAGGGGAGGGAGCAGGAGGGAACGCAGGAGAGGGAGUGAGGAAGGAGGAGGAGUGGGAGGAGUGGGAUAGGGAGUGGGCAAUCGAGGAUGCAGAGAAAGUGGGUCGGUUGCUGGUGGGGGGCAAGAGGAAACGAGGAGGUGGGGGAGAAGGCAAGGAAGUGGAGGAGGAGAAAGGUGAGAGUGAUGCCAGAUGCACGAGGACAAAGAAAGAAGGAAAGGAGGUGAGGCAGGAAGGUGGUUCAAAGAUCUCAAGCGAAGACCCCCAAAAGAAGGAGCCGGCGUUUGAGGCGAAAAGGGAAGGACGUGAGGAAGAAACGAUUUGCACACGAAGCCAUCUGUUAGGAGUGGGCGAUAGGGGUGUUGAUGGUGUUGCAUCUGCUGCUGUUUCAAGGGAGGGAGAGAAGCUGGGAGCAGCAGUGGGGUUGUGGCGGAGGGUGCUGCAGCGGUGGGGGGUGUACCGGCGGUGGUUGAAGCUGGUGGCGCUGCAUUGCCCCAACCUGCAGUUUGAAGUGAUGAUUGAACGCGCCAGGUCAAAUCAUCACUCUGCCACACCAACUGUCUAUGACAAGGGGGUUAUCAGCUUCAGGAGCAAUGUGCUUUUAGCUUUUGGCUUGCGCCGUCGGUUUCAGGAGUCCCUUCUUCUUCUAAUCGACGCUGCCCAUGCUGCUUUCUACGCCCCAACGCACGCCGCUUCGGCUUCGAGUGUGGCCGUAAUCGCCACAACUGCUCCCGAAACUGCGCACCUGGUUCCACUGCUAAAGCAGAUUAAGCAUCUCUUUCAAGAGCUUGACGUGGCCGAUGAUGCCACCCUCCCCCCCAUCACACACACCCAGGCCAAGUUCAGGCGCUGCUUCUGCACCCUGAUUAAAAAAUAG